GCCUUUCUCGCCUUGCUGGUUUUUUUCAAAUUGAGUGGCCUGAUCGGCGCACCACGUUUUGUGUUAUUUUAGACUUACGUUUUGCUUUUGUUCAAAAUGUUCGGCGUUUCGUGAUUAACGCACUUAUCGUCACCUCCGUCGUGGUCCGACAGGUUUCUCUCGUUGCAGCUACGAGAAGAUGCUUCGUUCUCGGCAAGAUCAUUUUCCGCAAUCAACGAGUCUUCUCUCGCGGCAGAUUUCGGCCCCGGUGCAACCUGGACAAGUUAGCCAGCCAACCCUUAAUGGUGGGUACACAAGUUAUGCAGCCGGAGGCGCCGGAGCGUGUUUCAACACUACUACGCAGAGUAGCAGUAGUAGUACCUCCGCUGUGCGGCUGCAGUCCCAGCCACUGCAGAUGCCAGGGACGACGGGGUUCCAGCCCCCGCCUCAUUGGGGCGCGCAGUCAAUCACCACUCCUCGCGUGAUGCUGCUCGGCGCUACAACCAGUGCAGGUAAAAACACCAGCCUUGGUACUAUGCAGGAACCUGUGCCGGAGGACCGGCCGUUGCACUUUGACGGAACAUCAAACCACGCACCCUUGCUGUUCAACGCGGAGCCCGGAGCCGUGCCACUGCAAUAUCAGGGGAACAAGGCGACAGCAAGGACCACGAAUAGAAACUCUAAUGCCAGUGUCCAGAUGAGAAAUUCGAACUCGUCUAACUUAGACAAGCACCCGGGUAUGGAUCAGUUUAUGGAGGUGGAUGAGGACACUUACAACUUCUGGCGCCCCUCCGAGCAGUCUUCCGUUCCCCGUUACAUGGCCCCGCGCCGGAAAGAUGUGUCGUCCUCGACGACCCCGAGGAAAGCCAGAGGGAGCAGGACGAGCCCACGCGGGGUCGUACUAGACGCCGACCGCGAAGCACCGGACCAGGAUGGUGUUACAAACCGGGCGACCCGCAACAAGACCCCGCCACCAAAAACUACUUCGCAAUCCGCACGACAACCCCGCAGCGCGCGAGCCAAGACCCCACCGCCCAGUACUGGUAGCGCAACUAAAACUGAUACCGCAGUUGUGGAGCAGCUCGACACAACACCGAAAUCUGCAACCCCGUCGAAAACGCCCACGGAGGGGAGCAGCGCGGCCGGGUUCUUGCAGAACUUGAGCACGCGCAACGUGCCGCACAUCGCCGUGUUGCGGGAGUUGCGGGAGGCGCAAUUGGAGCUGAAAAAGAUGGGGGAAGAACUUCAAGCGAAGGAGGAGACAGCGCGGCACCUGAAACAGAAGGCCGACAACUACCGCAACAACCACACGAGACUCGUGCAGGAGAAUGCGCGGCUGAAAGCUGUUGCUGCUCAAGUGGCCGAGGCGGAAAAAGCGAAAGAGCAAGAGGAGCAGAAGGUCGAGGACUUGCUGAUGCAAAUGCGGGCGAAGCGGGAUCGCGAAGUGGGCGAACUGAAGGAGGAGCAGGCGGUCUUACUCGAGGCCAUCAGCUCGCACCAGCAGGAGGCGCAGGUCUACAAGGCGCGCGCGGAAAAGUGGAAGCAACGGGUGGCGAAACAGACCGCCCGGGUGCAGGUGGAAAGCGACGAGGACGAGCUGCCCAAGCCGGACCCCGCCAUCCUGGAAAAGUUGGCCAAGAUGCGCGAAGCCUUGAAGAGGGGGGAGAAAGCGGCACGCGUGCUGGAAUUCGGUAAAGAAUUUGAUUUAUGGAUUUAAACCUUUGUUUAUGUAGUUUGUGUUUUUCGGUCAUUUUUAAGCAUUGACUCUCCACCUUCUCCUUCUCACCCCCAGGUCCCAAGAAGGCGUCCAAGGGUUCGGAGGCCGGGAGCGUCGACAGUCCCGAUGGCAGCGUGCCGGCGGAGGACCCGCUGAGUCCGCUUGAGGAGAUGGCGGUCUCGGUUGACGGUGCGAAGUCGUACGCGGUGAAGCUGUGGGCGGAGUGCGCCGCGCUCCUAGAGGAGAAGCGGCUCACAGGGCGGUCCGCGGCGACGGCACUGCAACUGGAAUUACGCGUCCUUGAGCACGCGGUGGAGCACCGCGACAAACGGAUUGCGGAGUUGGAGGAGAAGGUAGCGAGCGACGCCCACCACACCGGGGGACUGACCCUGAAGCAGAAAACACUUGACCUGGAGCACGCGCUGACGAGAAUAGCGAAGAUGCAGACACACGUGUACGAACUGGAACUGAAGUUGGGGCAAAGCAAGGAGCAGCUGGCGAAAAACAAAAACCGUGGAGGCGCGGAAGAACAAGACGAGGACGCGCCUGAGCUGUUGAAGGAUUUGCUUUUCGAGGAUGUCGACGGAAAUAACGCAACAAGAUCCAAGCAAUACCGCCAGAGCAAGCAGAACAGUGAGGAAGACAAUUUCUUCUUUGACGGCGGGACAGAGGAGACCACCUCGAAGGAAGUUGCCCCCAAUGUAGAAGACGAUGAAAAAGAAAAGGUGAAGCAGGCCGCGUUGGAAGCGCUCGCGGCGGAGAAUGCUCCUGUUAAAGAAGGUGUAGGAGCUCUUGAUGUUUCAUCCGAAAUCGGGAAUGUAGUCCGCACUGAGCAAGAACAAGUAGACUCAGCGCCAGCACAGACGGGUGCAGCGCAGGAGGGGGUGUCCUCCGGAGCAGUAAAAACUGGAGCCGGGAAGAACAAUAAAGCAGUGGCGCAGAAGCCGUCUGGAGGGACGGCUGGAAAGAAGCCAGUGCAGGUGGUCGUGGAGACGACCGCCACAGCGAGACAAGACACUGCUGCACAAGUGCAAGGAACGAGUGACGCAAGCAAAGAUGAAUCGCCGAUUGGAGCUGCCUCCACCGAAAUGGAAAAUUCAGAGCAGGUAGUCCCUUCUGGUGCUACUUCCGACCAGGCCACAUCGCCGCCGAAGUCGGGCUUCUUUGGUUCUAUGUUUGGUAGCAUGUUCGCCGGCAGUCCCAAGGCGGAUGAUCUCCAAAACUCAACCGAGAAUAAAGAAACGUCCGGCGAGGAGGCGGGGCGAAUGGAGAGUGGUGGAGACGGGUACACUUGUUUUGUCGACCAGAAAUUGUAAAAUUGUUUUUUUUUCAUAUCGUAUUCAUUCAUGAUCACAAGCAUGCUAUCAGGGAUAGCGACACACGUCGAUUUCGUGCCUAAAAAAAUAUCUGCUCCAAUUUCAAUCAGAACCGCUUCUGGUGCAGCCAACGCACCCGCCGAGCAGCCAGGCACUGUGAAGACGCAGAACUCGGCAAAAAAGUCGAGUGUAGGAAUACCAGGAACGAGAAAAUCCGGUAGUAGUACGAGCCGCAAGCAAUCUCCAGACAGGCCGGUGAAGGUGUCCUUUAGCGAAAAUAAAGGUGAAGUGAGUGAAGGAAAAAAGGGGAACAAAAACAACAACGCAAGUAGCAGCGCGGAGAAUUCUUUAUCGCUGACGACCAGCCACCCCGGGCAACUGAACCACCCGAUUUUCCGAAGCUCCGGAACCGCUAAUCACGUUCAACACGGAACGCCCAGUGGGCGGGACAGUCAUAGUCAGCACACGCCGCACCAGGGAGCAGGUGCACCACACAGCGCGCACCUGCCUUUCGGAAAGCGGUUGCACAUGAAGCCGCUCGCUUCACCGUGGAAAGUUCAGUCGGGACCAGGGAAUACCCAAUCCGCACAGGCAAAUAAUGGCACUGCAAGUGUGCAGAUUCCUCGUGCGCCCUGGCACGCGCACCACGUCAUCAAGAGCCACACACCGCAACACCCCCCGGCGUCGGCGGGAACGAAUUUUCAGUCGGGUACGAACGCCGCGCCUCAACAUCAGGACGAGGGUACUAAUAGUAACGCUGCUCGCGGCAAGAAUUCGCCCGCGACAUCCUCGAAACGCACCCUGAGCCCGGCCAACAGUAGCCCGAAGCACGUUGCUUCCCCACUGCAGGCGGGACGCGGCGGCUCUUCGCCAUCGAGACUGAAAGCGAAUCCCAGUGCGACGAAGAGCCAACAGCGCAACUCCAAAUCCCGCACGGACGCACUGAUGGAGCACAUCUCGAAGGUACGAACGAAGCACGAGUCCGUGGCGCAGAAGCACAAGCAAGAAUUGCUGUUCGCUCCGCCCACUGGACGGAGUUCAGGCUCCUCGUCCGACCACUACAACGUCCUCACCGGAGAAAUAAAUCAAGAUCUGGACGACGAGGAAUACCACAUGUCCACCUUGCACAGAAAGGGCGGGUUGUUGGCCAGCACGAGACUUUCGCACGCGUUGCACGACGGCGUCGACCACCUUUUCGGGACCGGUGAGCGGGCGCGGCAGGCUCUGCACGAGGAGGAACAGGCUGUAGCGCUGCAGAGCAGAAAUCUACCGCCCAAGCCGACACCGCUGUUCUACGAGAGCGAGUCCAAGAUGAGCAACUUGUACCCGCAGUCAGAGCUUGUUCAGUCCGAUCAUGAAGCGGGGUUUUUAGUUGAUCAGGAAGUAGAUCUUCAAGAAGAUCAUGUGGGGCAGUCCUGCGCAACUGCUUUGCUGAACAACGGCGGCGUGGUUACUAACGUCGGAGGAGAUCAUGACCACGACCACCAGGAUAACUCAACACCGCUCGCACACCAGCAACGGUUUAUUGCUCCUGCGCAAGAAGCGUCGUCGUCGGAAGAGCAGCCGACCGUCGAGGUAGACGUAGGAGAUGAGGUGGAAAUCGACCUCCGAGGCAUAAUCGAUCUUUUUCCAGAACAAGUACACCAUGCUGCAAUGGCAGGAAGGGAUAAUCAUUCGGAACACCAACUUGAUGAAGGAAAUUUUUACGUUAGGCACGAAUUAUCGACUGUAGAAAACCAGUCGAAAAAAUUCCUAAACUACCUCCCGGGAGGUGGAACAACUACAAAUGCAGACCGAGAUGACGAGAGCGAGACGCCGCUUCACCUCGCUGAUCAACAAGUAGAUGACCACACAGUUCCUGAUAUUGCGCCGCCGACGAGAACAACUACGGCAAGCAUUGUCAAAACCGCCUAUUCCAUCGUCGAACGAGAAGUGGGACCAAAAUCUCCCAUGCACGCUGCCGCCGCAAGGACGCCGCGAUUGGUAUACUAGUGUGCUAGUCGUUCUUUGAUUUUCGCUGCUGCAUUCUUCUUUGAUUCUUCUUCCAUUUUUCGAUGCUGCACUCGCACCGUUUUUCGAAGCCUUGUAUUCCGUCGUAGCGGUCGUGGUCGAUGCAUUGUUCCAUGUGCCGUGUAUUGUUGUACUUCACCUGAGAACAACGCAGCAUUGAAAUUAUCGAUCCCUAAACUGUAUCAAACUAACAGAUCCUUCAUGACCCCGUGACUGCUGCCAAGAAAGAGGUUUCUUCGUGGUCAAGAGAGGAACCCGGCAGUAUCAGCCAUGAGUACAGCGACCUGCUCCACGUUCUAAGCUAAAAAUAUCGCGCUCAAGACAGCUUGUUAUAUGUUUUGCCCCUGCUCCUGUGGUCAAUGUCUUUGCAAGCAGUGCGUAGCUGCUGUGCGCUGCUGGGGCAGCACUUCUAGAUUUAUUUCCAUACGCACACGACGAGAUCAGAAUCAGAUCCAUCUUGUAUGCAGAAGGUGAAAAUGCAUGAUGAGCUGCAUGCACUUCCAUCUCAAUCUCUUCGAUUGGUUUUGCCUUGGUACGAGGAACUAGUGGAGGGGGAAGUUUUUUUCACAUGACAGGAGGCCGGAAACCAAAAAUUUUGCGGGCCACACUGCGACGCAAUUGAGCCGGCGAGCUAGCACUGGAUCUUGAUGGGAACGGUGCUGCGCUUUUUUUUACAAUCAAACUUUCACAUCUUCGUUCAUUUUCCACCCUUGAGUGACAUUGGUAUGCUCUGAAGCACUUCUUGGAUGGUAGUAUCAAUCAACACUAACACAUUGCUGUAGAAGUAGUACGAGAGAAAUAAGUACCGUUGCUUAUGACUGUAUAUCAUGCCAGAAUUAUAUGAUAAUUGUUUCCGUUUCCUAGAAUUUUCUUUUUCGUUCAGUUGCAAACAGGCGGAAAGAAUUAUAGACUGAAAUAAAUCGAACCGUGUAGAAUGAAUUUGAGCAGCGAUCAGUUCGUGAAAUCACAAUCCGUUUUUUUUUGUUAGUCUUUGUUUUUAAGGCUGAUUCUUGAGCAGUAGCAGUAGCCAUUGCCAUGCCAUGUCCACCUGUUCACUGUUCUCGCAGCAGUGGUGAAAAGCAUCUUCGUCUUUGUCCCUUUUAUCCGGGCAAAACCGAGACGAGAGAGCAAGGACGUGAAACAAAGUGCAG